CCAAACAAUUUUCUGUCCUUGGGUGUUCAACUAUGGUUCAAACUUCUUAUCUGUUUGAGCCUCCAUAGACAUUGAUUUUGACAUCAACCCCUUACAAUUGUACAUUUAUAGAUAUACUUGUUUCUCCCCUUUUUUGGUGUAAACCUACUUGGCAAGGGCGAUAGUUUUGAACAUCUUUGUAUGAGUGCAAGUGUUUGAACCUGCUGCCCCAUUUUUAUCCGGGUGCUGAACGGUAUUGCAAAAAAUUUCAAUCAUGGCUGACACUUUGUCUCUACCGCUUGAACGACAAGCUCGAACGGGUCUCGAAAAAUCUGAUGUAGAAAACUCUGAGGAUGAGAGGAAGACAAGGCUUGGGUCUCUUAAGAAAAAGGCAAUCAGUGCCUCAAGCAAGUUCAGGCAUUCUCUUAAAAAGAAGACUAGGAGACACAGUAGAGUUAUGUCUGCUGCUAUAGAGGAUAACCUUGAUGCUGAAGAGCUACAGGCAGUGGAUGCAUUCCGCCAAGCACUUAUCUUAGAUGAACUACUACCUGCUAAACAUGAUGAUCAUCAUAUGAUGCUAAGAUUUCUGAGGGCCAGGAAAUUCGAUCUUGACAAAGCAAAGCAAAUGUGGGCUGAUAUGCUCCAAUGGAGGAAGGAUUUUGGUGCUGACACAAUCAUGGAGGAAUUUGAAUUCAAGGAAUACAGUGAAGUAGUUAAGUACUAUCCACAAGGAUAUCAUGGAGUUGAUAAGGAUGGACGACCUGUGUAUAUUGAAAGACUGGGUCAAGUUGACGCUAACAAGCUGACUCAAGUAACAACAAUAGACCGCUAUCUGAAGUACCACGUAAAGGAGUUUGAGAAGACCUUUGCUAUUAAGUUUCCUGCUGCAUCAAUUGCAGCAAAAAAGCACAUCAGUCAGAGCACUACCAUAUUGGAUGUUGAAGGAGUGGGGCUUAAAAGCUUCAACAAGGCUGCGAGGGAGCUCCUCCAGCGCCUUCAGAAAAUUGAUGGUGACAACUAUCCUGAGACUCUGAACCGCAUGUUUAUCAUCAAUGCUGGCUCUGGAUUUAGGCUCUUAUGGAACACAGUUAAAUCGUUCCUUGACCCAAAGACCACUGCAAAAAUCCAUGUUUUGGGUAACAAAUACCAGAGCAAAUUGCUUGAAGUAAUUGAUGCGAAUGAGCUGCCAGAAUUUUUGGGCGGUACCUGUAAUUGUGCUGACAAAGGCGGUUGCAUGACUUCUGACAAGGGUCCAUGGAAGGAUCCUGAAAUAUUGAAGAUGGUUCAAAAUGGCGAGGCUAAGUGCACAAGGAGAAAUAUGUCAGGCGUUGAUGAGAAAGCAUGCCGAGAGGGGAAGCAUUCCUUUGACGCAGAACCGGCUAUGGAAUCUGCGGAAUGGCAUGCAGAGAAUCCACCAUUAUCUCCUGUUCCUGAAUCUCCUAUCAAGAAAAAGUGCCAGGAUUCCUAUGCCUAUGACAAAUUUAUUCCCAUGGUUGACAAGGGUGUAGAUGCUUCCUGGCCUAAAUCAGUGGGAGAUAACAAGUUUGCCAUGUCCGAAGAUUGUUACCCUGUGAAGGAUGAUAGCAGGGUUACUGAAGGAGUGAGCACCAACAUUUUUGGAGGAAUCAUGGCCUUCGUUAUGGGUGUAGUAACCAUGGUUCGCCUGUCCCGCAACAUGCCCCGGAAACUAAGUGAAGCUGCCUUGUACGGUGGACAAGUUUACUAUGCUAAUCCAAUGAUCGCAGGCCAUGGCCGUCAGUUGCCACCUAUCACUAGCGCUGACUACUUUUCCAUGAUGAAGCGUAUGGCUGAGUUGGAAGAGAAGGUGAGUGUUCUCAUCAGGAAACCAGCAGUCAUGCCACCCGAGAAAGAAGAGAUGCUGAAUGCUGCUUUAAGCAGGGUCUGCACCCUGGAAGAAGAGCUAUCCGCAGCUAAGAAGGCACUUGAGGAAGCCCUUGGUAAACAGCAGGAGCUUCAAACCUAUAUCGACAAGAAGAAGAAGAAGAAGAAGAAGUUUAAUCCAUUCCGCUGGUAAGGCGAACUUGACAUGGGUGGCGUUGGUCAUGUUCAGCCCCACAGACGAAUUUCUUUUGAACAUUGUUUUGCUUUGUAAAAGUAUUCAAUUCCAGGACCCUAUAAACUAUGGAGUUUGGCAUUUUUUGUGUAUAUGUUGAAUAAAUUUAGAGAAAUGGGGGUCUUGGCUGGUUUUGGUUGUAAUGGUCUGAAAAAGUUAAAAAUGUGGUAAUAUGAUUGAAGAAAAGAACAGUAAAAUCUUGGCUACAGAGAAGAUUGGCGAGGUUUCCGAUCAAAUCAGUCCCUUUCUCAAGUUCCUGCCGACCAGAUCCUAGUAUCUAGGCUUCUAAACAUCAGGAAGUAAUUACACCACUACCAACAAGAUUACUACCAUCUAAGGUAUGUUGCACGUGUAAGUAUAAUCUACUAAUGCAGUUCAUCUUUUUAAUAUCAUUCCUUCUUUUUAUUUUCCAUCUAUGCCCGAUUAAGAGAUUAGAACCUUGUAG